AUGAACAAGCGGAACACGACAGAGGUCGAGCAUGCAGAGCUCUCGAACGAUCAGCCCGUCAGUACGAGUCAGAACAUCAGUGCGACGACAGCGGCAGAGGAGACACGCUCGCCCGAGACCAUCAGCGAGGCGCUCGAGCUCGAGACGAUAGAUACGAACCUGUUCAGGAGCAAGCGGCUCUGGAAGCCACUUGUCGGUAGAGGCGUGUUCGGUGGUCAGGUCAUCGCAAUGGCCGUCGUUGCCGCGACUGCCUCGGUUGAGCCGCUUAAGCACCUUCAUUCACUUCACGCAUACUUCUUGUCAUUCGGUAAUGCUGACAGGCCCAUCAUCUAUACCGUCGAUAGGUUGAGAGACGGCAAAUCGUAUGCCACUCGAUCCGUCAAGGCCAUUCAGGACGGCCGCUGCAUUUUCUCACUCACAUGUUCUUUCCAAGUGCCAGAGCCAAGCCAGCCCGUCUUCCAGAUUGGUCGACCCAAGCCAGAUCAAGUGGGUCGGACGGCGCCUCUGGAAGACUAUCCCCAGCCUGAAGAAUGUCAACCUAUCGAGUCGCGCUUCAUAGAGACCCUGGAACAGAAUCCCAACCUGCCCGUCAAGCUGAAAGCGUUUCUCGAGAAUGCGAUAGACGAACGUCAACACAGCGCCAUAGAGAUCAGGAUCGCCGACCCUGCUCGAGGAGGUCCGAUCGGGAUGGGCGUCAAGAGUCCGACUCAGGCCUAUUGGUUCCGUUCACGCACGCCAGCACUUCGCUUCCAUGCUGUUACGAGGAGCUCAAGAUCACAACAGGGCGUACUGGCCUACGCUUCUGAUUUCCAGCUCAUCUCGACCGCAGGCAACGCACUCGGACUGAGCGGAAGGAGCACACCUCGCUUGGCCAUGAUGGCCAGUCUCGACCACUCGAUGUACUUUUACAACGACUUUGAUUGCUCCGAAUGGCUGUUCUAUCACAUGGAAUGCCCCCGAGCCGCACACGGACGAGGUGUGGUGACCGGCCGCAUCUUUACACAAGACGGAAAGCUUGCCAUCGUUGUAGCUCAAGAGGGUGUUGUUCGUGCAAAUCUGUGA